AAUACAUGGUCAUUGAAUCUGUUUCAGCAUUAAGUCAGAGCCCCCUCCCUUCAUCGGUUCAUUACAGAAACCUGCACAUCCAGGCCCUGUACAUGUGCACGAUUGCCUCUCUCAACCAUUCCUCCCUAACAUUCCAAAGGAGAUGAGGGAUUGACUGCUUGGUUACGGACACAGAGAAAGUUAAGGGGAUAUCCUUUUGAUCUGAAACACUUUGGAUCGAUCCUUCAGAACUUUUCUUGGCUGAGACUUCUUUGCAACGGCAUCAUUACAAGUCUGUGUUUACUGCAACGGUUGGAUCUGAUUUUCCUUUUGGGACUGUGGACUUUGAUCAGCGAAUAAACAACCCUGAGUAUUAAAACAUUGUUUCCUGUUUAAACGGGCUGUGAAAGCCCUGUCAUAUCACAAUGGCCACUCUCCUGCAGCUUAAUGCCAAUAAUCUACAAAUCAAAGCUGAAGAUAGAUCGACCUCCACAUCUCCAUCUGGUUCCCCUUCUCCUUCCAGGAAUGAGUGCAGUAUCGCACCUUUAACUCCCUCCCCAUCUCCGAGGACUGAAGUGAGACCAGCCGUGGCCCAUCCGUUCUCUGUGGUGGUUGCAAUAGAUUUUGGGACCACCUCCAGUGGGUAUGCCUUCAGUUUCACAGAGGAUCCUGAGACCAUUCACAUGAUGAGACGAUGGGAGGGAGGGGACCCUGGAGUAGCGAAUCAGAAAAGUCCAACAUGUCUGCUGCUGACCCCUGACCUCCGGUUCCAAAGUUUUGGCUUUGCAGCUCGAGACAGCUACCACGACCUCGACCCUGAGGAAGCCAAGCACUGGCUCUACUUUGACAAAUUCAAAAUGAAGAUCCACAGCACCAGUGAUCUCACAAUGGAAACAGAGCUGGAAUCUGUUAGUGGAAGAAGAGUACGAGCCAUUGAGGUGUUCGCUCAUGCUUUGAAAUUCUUCAGAGAACAUGCUUUAAAGGAGGUGAAGGACCAGUCAUCUUCAGUGCUGGAAGGUAAUGAAGUACGAUGGGUCAUCACAGUUCCUGCUGUGUGGAGGCAACCGGCCAAGCAGUUCAUGCGAGAAGCUGCAUAUCUGGCAGGUCUGGCCACUCCAGAGUCUCCCGAACAGCUUCUCAUAGCCCUCGAACCAGAGGCGGCCUCCAUCUACUGCAGGAAGCUUCGUCUACACCAGGUCAUUGACCUCAGUCUACGGCCAAUGACUAAUGGUCUCGAUCUGGAUGGGUCCCACCCGUUCGAUUCUAGUUUCAGACAAGCUCGCGAACAGCUCCGCAGGGCCAGACAUAGCCGAACCUUUCUGGUGGAGAGUGGUACUGGAGAGUUGUGGUCUGAGAUGCAGACAGGUGAUCGGUAUAUUGUGGCAGACUGUGGCGGCGGGACAGUGGAUCUCACCGUGCAUCAGAUCGAGCAGCCGCAGGGCAGUUUAAAGGAGCUUUACAAAGCCUCGGGGGGUCCUCAUGGAGCAGUCGGUGUGGAUCUUGCUUUUGAGGCCAUGUUGUGCCAGAUCUUUGGUACUGACUUCAUUUAGAGUUUUAAAGCGAAACGUCCAGCAGCUUGGGUGGACCUCACCAUUGCAUUUGAAGCACGCAAGCGCACUGCAGCUCCUGGCCGGGCCAACUCCUUAAACAUCUUGCUACCCUUCUCCUUUAUUGACUUUUAUAAACGACAGCGGGGGCAGAGUGUGGAGACCGCCCUGCGCAAAAGCAAUAUGAAUUUUAUAAAGUGGUCAUCUCAAGGGAUGCUUAGACUGUCAGCAGAGGCAAUGAAUGAACUCUUUCAGCCGACCAUCAACAAUAUCAUCAAACAUAUUGAGGACCUGAUGCAGAAGGAAGAGGUAAAAGGCGUGCGCUUUCUCUUCUUGGUCGGCGGAUUCGCAGAGUCGCCCAUGCUUCAGCGAGCGGCCCAGAAUGCACUGGGGCGAACCUGCCGCAUCAUAAUUCCACACGAUGUGGGUCUAACCAUCCUGAAGGGUGCCGUCUUGUUUGGUCUAGACCCCACCGUAGUCCGUGUACGCCGUUGUCCGUUAACUUACGGCGUUGGGGUUUUAAACCGUUUCGUGGAACGCCGACACCCUCGUGAUAAGCUACUAGUCAAAGAUGGCCGAGAAUGGUGCACUGACAUCCUAGACCGCUUCGUGAGCGUCGAUCAGUCGGUGGCUUUGGGUGAGAUGGUGAGGCGGAGCUACACUCCAGCAAGAGUGGGACAGAGGAAGAUUAUCAUCAACAUCUACUGCAGCGACACUGAUGAUGUAAUCUACAUUACUGACCCUGGGGUGAGGAAGUGUGGUGCCAUAACUCUAGAUCUGCUCGAGGGGGCGACAGCAGCUUGCGCUGGUGAUAAUGAACGCAGAGAGAUUCGUGCCACCAUGCAGUUUGGAGAUACGGAAAUCAAAGUGACAGCUGUUGAUGUGGCCACUGGGCGACUGGUGAGGGCAUCAAUUGACUUUCUGGCCAAUUGAACCCGUUGAGCUGUUUGGUGGAGAACUGUGUAAAAGGACAUUUAAUAUCACAUUCAUAAUGACUCAUUAACUGGAUGGUUACUGGAAUUUCCUAUUAUUUUUAAGCAAGGUGCCAACUUUCUCCAUGAGAACUGUCUUUGCAUUAAAUUGCUUUGGAUAAGAGUAAAAAUGACUAGCAAUGCAUGCUAUAGGUAGUGAAAUGCCUAAAGGGAUAUUGGGAAUACAUUUUAUUUAUAUACAAUGUCCAUGUCUGUGCUUUGAAUUACUACAAACAAAAUUUGAACUUGUGUGUAAUUGAAAAGAUACAUCAAAACGUCUAAAAAGGCUAAAAUAAGCGAUUCAUAAAGCUCUUUUUUACGUAGAGCAAUUCUAACAAACUCCACCCACAAAACCUGCGUCAUAACCAUAAGAUCCUAACGUUACAUCAAGAAGUCCCCACCUAAAAAGCUUCACAGAUUUAAGGCGUAUGUAACUUUUUUCUUGAGAGUUAGAGUAAAUACAUAAAAUACGAACUGUAAUUCGAACGUUUGCUGUAGCUCUGCAUUUCGUUUGUUUGCAGACUCUGAAGGAAAUUUUUCUGGUGAUGAUUGCCCCUCGUGCAGUGAGUAGAUAUUAGGUUACCUUAUACAAAAUAUUAGUUUCCAACUUUAUACACACUAAGGUAUUUAAUCAGAUUUCUUAAAAAAAGCCACUUAACCUUUAUUUUUGUAAACAUAUUCUAUUCUAUUACUAAACAUUUAUCUAAAGAAUGUGAAGGUUGUUAUGCCAUCUGGUGGUAAAUUAAGAAGUGAUCACUUGGAAUAUAACUAGUUAAAGAUAAGCAGAAAAAAAGCUUUGAUUAACUUUCUUGUUUUCUACAUAGGUACAUGACAAGUAUUUACAUGGUGAAAUGUUCUGUAAAAAUGUUUUGUAAGCUACGCCAGUUUCAUCCGUUCUAGUUUGUUAAUUGAUUUUUUUUCAGUUUUCAUUUUUUUACCCCCUAAAACUUAUUUUGGGUCUAAAUUUCAAGUCUUCCUGUUGUUUAUCUUAUAUUGAAAUAUGAAGUAAAAAUCACAAGUCAUUCCAUUAUUUUGGCAUUAGGAAAGGGGUAAAUGACAGUAAUCGGAUAACCUCAAAGCUUUCUCAAAAUAUUGUAUAAUUCAGCAAUAAAAUCGUAAUACUUAACAUUACGACAUUGUAUUCCAAUCCAUG